AUGGGCGGUGAUGAUGAUGUUGCAUCUGAUGGAAAAAUACCCUCUGUUUUUGCAAAUGAUAAUCAUGGUACUUUGGCCCAAGGAAACAUAGGUCUUGGAUUUGGUCUAACGGUUAUGGCAGCUCUUGCUUCUGCUCUUGGUUCCCUUACACCAUUCCUCGACCUCUUGUUUCCUUUUAUCCCAUUCCUUGCCCAUGUUAAAAUCACUGAAUCCAAGGGUUUUCGUGCUGGCUCACUAUCAUUUGCUUCUGGAGUCUUAUUAUUCCUUACAUUGGGUGACCUUUUUCCUGAGGCUGUUGCGUCGUUUGGCAAAUCGAAACUCUUUGAUCGAAAAUACUCCUAUCUAGUGGCUGCGUCGAUUUUCACUCUUACGAUAAUGCUAAUUAUAUCUUCAAAGAUGAUUAUUAAAAACUUCAAAAAACAAGAUAUUAACUCUGAAGAUACCAAAGCUGAUGAAGAUGCUCUUGUAAAAAGAGAAAUGUUAGGGAGAAACGAUUUAACUGAUGUCGUCAAACUUGAUAAAAAUGUAACCGAAAGUAGUGAAAGUAUUAAAGAAUCUCACUCAAUAGAUGCUGCAAGACUUAAAAGUUUGAGUAUUCAAAUUUCCGUUGCUUUGGCACUUCACAACUUCCCUGAAGGAUUGGCAUCAUUCGCUACGACAAUUAGUUCGGAACGCAUCGGCAUUAUAUUUGCCAUCGCACUUUCUUUGCAUAAAAUCCCCGAGGGUCUUAUCAUUGCAUUACCGAUUUAUUAUGCGACCGGUUCGCGUUGGAUUGCUUUUGCUAUUUCAGCGACCGUGGGAAUCGUUUCACAAAUGUUAGGUGCCGUCUUGGGAUAUCUUCUAUUCGUGACCGUAUGGAAUGAUGCUGUAUCAGGGGUACUCUUUUCGAUCGUAACGGCUUCUUUAAUGUAUGCGAUUUUACAUGGCAUGUUGCCAAUGGCACGACAUUAUGAUCCUCAGGAUAUGUACGUUACUAAUUACACAUUCAUUGGCUUAAUCUUCUUUGCCUUUGUCGCGUCUAUAUUUGAAUUUGCUUAA